AAGUAGGAAACCUCGUGUCCUGCUGCAGACCUGUCAGAGCCUCCCAGAGAUCCUGAGGUACGCAGCUGUCCACACAGCAUACCAUGAAUCAGGACAUGGAGCUAUGGAAGCAAGUGUUCCAGGAAUUAAUCCAGGAAGUGAAGCCAUGGCACAAAUGGACCCUGACAGAAGACAAAGACCUUCUUCCCAACAGCCUGGAGCCGGGAUGGUCACAGUACCAGCAGUGGGCCUUUGCCAGGUUCCAGUGCUCCUGGUGCUCUCGCAGUUGGGCCUCUUCUCAAGUUCAGGUUGUUUUCCACAUGCGCAAGAUUGGGGGGAAACCCAGGGGCAACGUGAAGAUGAGGGUCUUUGCCCAGAGAUGUCAGAAGUGCCAUCAGUCUCCAUUUGAGGUUCCCGAGUUCACAAAAGAGAACAUCUCCAGGAUCCUGAACAACCUGGUAUUCCGAAUUCUGAAGAAAUGCUACAGAGAAGGAUUUAAGUCGAUGGAGGAGAUCCCUACCGUCAGGGAAAUCGCUCUUGAAGGGCCGCAUGACAGUAACAACUGCGAGGCAUGUCUGCAGGGCUUCUGUGCCCAGAGUGGCUUCAGUGAGGCCGUGCAGUCACCAGUGUCCCCAUCACUUCCUGCCAUAAGCUCACCUGCUCUUGGGAUCACCAUUCCCAUGCCCUUUCCCAGUAGAAGUGGCACCACAGUGGACACAGUGAAGGGGAACGCCAUGGCAAACAAAGGAAAGGCUUUACCCCAACCCUGGCAUCCUGAGUCCAGGGAGGCUGCAAUCUUCCCCACCCACUGGAGCCCGAGAGCAAACACGCAACACCAUGUGGAGACGAGAAUCCACGUCAGUACCCGUAACGAGGUGCUCUAUCCCCACACAGCCCCGAAUCCCAGGUGCAAGAACUUGAAUGUUUGCUGCUGUUUUUUCAUUCUGAUUAUUGUCGUGGUGAUUAUCGUAGAGACCAUUCAGUGGACCUCCACAUGA